AUUUUCAAAUUUCAGAAAUUUCUAUUGCUCGCUGCAUUGAGCUGAAGAAGCUCAGUAGGAGAAUUGAUUGCAGACUCUCUCUCUCUCUCUCUCUCUCUGCUGCAAGGAGAUCACUCUGCCUUGAUUUGCAAGCACAGUAAUGGAAUGGUAGAUUUGGAGCUCCGCGAUAGCACAUUUGUGAGGGGCUGAGGUUCUGGCAUUGUGUUUACAGCGUUUCAGCUUCCAACAAUGGGGAAAUCGCCAGGAAGAUGGAUCAAGACUAUACUGUUUGGGAAGAAAUCAUCGAAACACAGUAUUUCCAGAAAGGGAGAGAAAGUUUUGAAUGCCAGGGAGGUUGUCGUUCCUGCCAGGGCACCAGAAGUUGAUCCGAGUUUGGGUUCUGUUGCGGCUUCCCAGCCAAACGCUGGAACUUAUGGUCAUAAUGAGAGGGAAAAGGAGUUGGAAAUUAAGGAUGCUCCAAAUUUACCUCAUGAUAGGGAGGUAGCAUCUGUGGAUGAUAGAGAUAUGGCUGUGCAAACUGAUACAACUGAAGAGGUGCCUUAUGAUCCAGAGAAAAUCAAGGAAGAGAUGGCUGCGACAAAGGCACAGGCUGCCUUUCGGGGUUAUUUGGCUCGCCGUGCAUUCCAAGCGCUCAAGGGAAUAAUUAGGUUGCAGGCACUUAUUCGUGGCCAUUUGGUUAGAAGACAAGCUGUGGCUACUUUAUGCUCUAUGCUGGGAAUAGUAAAGUUGCAGGCACUUGUCAGAGGAAGAUUGGUUCGGCAGUCUGAAUUCACACUCGAAGUGCGUAAAAUUUACACUACUGGAAAACCUCAGGGAAAGCUUGUGGAUCCUGUUGGAGUUAAUUUGUCCAAACAGAUGGCUAAGCUUUCUGUCAAUGCUUUUGUUCGUAAGCUUUUGGCUUCAUCACCCAAUGUGUCGCCACUCCGCAUCAACUAUGACCCUACUGAACCAAAUUCAGUUUCAAUGUGGUUGGAGCGUUGGUCAGCAUCCUUUUUCUGGAAACCAUGUCCUCAACCCAAAAAGUUAGUGAAACCUCAGAGAAAGCAUCAAACUUUGGAAGCUGAAACACAGAAAUCAAAGCGCACAAUUCGGAGAGCUUCUGCCUCAAACACAGAGAUUCUCACAACUCUGUCAUCCUCUGAAGUUGAGAAGCCUAAACGGAACCUCAGAAAGGUCUUGAAUGGCUCUGCUGAUCCGCAGCAGGAAAGUCCACAGAAUGAGAUUGAGAAGGUCAAGCGUAGUCUGAGAAGGGUUCAUAAUCCUGUCUUAGAGAAUACUGUCCAGUCUGAGGUUGAAGAUGAGAAGCCUCGUGGAAGUCUGGAGAAGCCAUCUAUUAUUAGUUCAGGAGAUGCCCUUCUUGAACGGAGCAAGAGUUCUCAUGGCGAGAUUAUGAAGAAAGAGGCAGUUAUGAUCCCUCGUGAUUUCCUUGAUGCAGAAAAUACUCCAGAACCCAUUAAAAGAAAUGAUGAGGUCAAUCUAUAUUUUUGUGACAAAUCUACUGAGGAGACAAAGCCAUCAGUGGAGAAUGGUGUGAAAGAUGAAAGCACUCCAUUAUCAAAUGGUACUUACGAGUGCUCAAACCAUAAGGAUGAUUCAAGCAAUGGGCACGUCAGGAUAAGCAGGAAAAAUUCUCUUACGGCAAAACAAGAGGUUGCUGAGAAUGGGUUACAAAGCACUCCUAGCCCGACUCUGCCUAGUUAUAUGGCAGCAACUGAAUCUGCCAAGGCAAAAUUGAGAGCGCAGGGCUCUCCUAGGUUUGGGCAGGACGGUUCGGAGAAAAGCAACCUCUCGAGGCGCCAUUCUCUACCUUCUUCAACUAACAGCCUGGGCCAUUCGCCUCUUCCAGCUCAAAAGGCAAAAUUAUCAGGUGGCAAGGGGGGAAAUAAAAGCGACAAGAGAGAAGUGCCCGCAAAGGCCGAGUGGCGAAGGUGAUUUUCAGGAAGUACCGAGUUCUAUUUAAGGAGGGUGGUGAUCUCAUUCUAUCAGCAGAUAUGGUUGUGAAGAAGUGUGGUGUAAGAUUUAAUUGUUGUGAGACCGAACUACGAGAGUGCAGUGAGCCGGUUCAUUUUCAAAUUUGUCAUGCAUCGGUUGAUAUUGUGUGCGAGCGGAUGUACAUCUUAGGUGUUGAAGUGUUUGUCCUGUGUUAACUUGAUUCAUUAAUCCCAAAACUGUCUGUCGAGCCUCUGCUUAUAGUAGAAACUGUAUAGCGGUGUACCAUGUUUAAUUAAUUAAGAACCAUAACUCGACCUUUAUUUUCUGGUGUAA